AUGUCUCUCCUUUCUUCGCACCGAACUGAAAUUGCAAAACCCCAAAACGAUUCGGAGUUUCCCAAAAGCCGAAUUAACUGCAACUUCAGAAGAACACGCGUCGUACGACUUUUCUGGCGGCCCUGCUGCUGCUGCUGCUGCUGCUGCUGCUGCUGCUGCUGCUCGAAGAAGGCCGCAGCAGCAGCAGCAGCAAAAGAGCAAAAGACCCCUUGGUACGAGUUUCUGAACCCGUUCAAAGCGCGGAAAAAAGAAGCAGCAGCAGCAGCAGCAGCAGCAGCAGCAGCAGCAGCAGCAGCGAAGGCUCCGGGUGUACGUACACUCGACUCCUUCGCGCUGCUGCCGCAGCCAGAAAAACACAAGUCCAUUUAUUUAAAACUUUUGGCUCCCCAAAAAGCCCAAUCAACUUCAAGUCCAAACAUAGAGUUGCAUGCAAUUAAAUCUUCAGAGCAGCAGCAGCAGCAGCAGCAGCAGCAGCAGCAGCAGCAAAAGGCGCCGGUGGACACAGCAGCGCUGCCGAAGGCAGCGGCGGGCCCCCCGCCUGAUCCAGCAGCAGCAGCAGCAGCAAAACAAAGCAAAGCAGCAGCAGCAGCAGCAGCAAAAGACCCAGCAGCAGCAGCAGCAAAGGACCCAGCAGCAGCAGCAGCAGCAGCUGGGAAGAGCAGCAUUUUGGCCUCGCAGUUUGCUGCUGCCUCCAGCGCCCCACCUAAGAAGCAAGGUGCUGCUGCUGCUGCUGCUGCUGCUGCUGCUGCUGCUGCUCCGGGCAAAGAAGCAAAAAGUAUAAAUAUAAAUAAAAGUUUAAGUUUAAAAAAAGAAGCAAAUGCAGAAAGUGCUGCAGCAAAAGAGACUCUAAAGCGGACCGUCACGGCCAAGUCCAGUGCAGCAGCAGCAGCAGCAGAAGAAGCAGCAGCAGCAGCAAAAGAAGCAGCAGCAGCAGCCACCAAAGCAAGCAAAGCAGCAGUGCCGGCAGAUGCAGCAGCAGCAAAACAGAGCAAAGCAGCAGCACCGGGAGCAGCACUUAACCAGAGCAAAGCAGCAGCAGCAGCAGCAAACCAAAGCAAAGCAGCAGCAGCACUUAACCAGAGCAAAGCAGCAGCAGCACUGAACCAGAGCAAAGCAGCAGCAGCACUGAACCAGAGCAAAGCAGCAGCAGCAGCAGCAAAGCCAAGCAACACAGCAGCAGCUGCAGCACCAAGUCAGAGUAAAGCAGCAGCAGCAGCAGCAGCAGCAAAACCGAGCAAAGCAGCAGCACCUCCUGCAAUAGCGAUAAACCAGAAUAAAGCAGCAGCAGCAGCAGCAAAGCCGGGAGCAGCAGCAGCACCAGCAGCAGCAGCAAGCCCGAGCAAAGCAGCAGCAGCAGCAGCAGCAGGCACUCCAAAGACGAAAUCAACAAUGCCAGACAGCAACAAAGCAGCAGCAGCAGCAGCAGCAGCAGCAAAUAAUAAAGCAGCAGCAGAAGCAGCAAAGACGCGGGUUUUAUCGAAGGGGAUUUUGGCGCAGCAAGCGGCGAGAAAAGCAGCAGCAGCAGCAGCAAAAAGCUAA